AUGUUGGACUUGAAUGGAAACCCGGCGACAAGCUACAAUUCCGAGCAUAAAAUCUGGUCCGGGGCCAGUGAACAAAGUUUCUACAACGAUGACCUAACUAUUGGUCAGAUUAUCUUCAGGCGGCUUCAAUCUGAACCCCUGCGAAUCUUUCAGAUUUCGCAUAGCGAGAACACACGUUUGACCCGUUCCCAGAUGCUCCAGAAUGCAGUCAAGGUAAGCAUUUAUCUGCGACAACAGGGAUUCAAGCAGGAGACACAUACUGUGGGUAUCCUGGCGAGGAAUUCAACGCAUCUGGCCGCAUUGGCCUAUGGCUGUAUGUUCAAUGGAACUCCCUUUCAUGCUGUUAAUUUCAAUGUGGACGAGCAUACGAUAUGCCAUCUCUUUGGUAUUACCAAGCCAAGGAUUAUUUGCUGCGAUGCUCAGGACUACGAUAAGAUGGUGAAUAUAGCCAGGACACUGGGAACGAAGAUCUUAACAGUCGAUGGCAGUAUAGCAAAUGUUGCAAGCAUACUUGAUGUAUUCCAAACAACGUUGAUAGACAACUACAAGCCGGAAAGCUUUGACAAGGGCACAGAUCGCAUAUUGGCCAUACUCUGCUCCUCUGGCACAACGGGUACGCCAAAAGCAGUAACCAUUUCGAAUAGCCGUAAGAUAUUUGAAUCUCAAAGCUAUCUCAGCCCAGAUGACGUACAGUAUGCUCCCAGUACGCUGGACUGGCUGACGGGUCUGAUCAGUCUCGUAACGGCGGCUGUUUACGGCACUGUGCGUCUCAUUUCCAAGGAUCCCUUUAGUCCCGCCCACUUUACAACAAUGUGUGAGCAGCAGAGCAUAAGCUGGACCUUGUUAGCCGCCUCACAUAUUGCCAUGCUGGCCAAUUGCCCAAGUGCCAAUGCCGCCCAGUUACGCAGUCUACGGCAUCUUCUUUUCGCCGGCGGACACACUCUGGUGCCCACGCUGCAGAAGAUGCAGUCGUAUCUGCGCGGAGUGGGAAUCCUUCGGAAUGCCUAUGGCAUGACGGAGCUGGGUACCUGCAUCUCCUGCAAUUACAGCACUCACACAAAGCCCAAGUCGGUGGGUCGCCUCAUGGCCAACAUUCGCAUGCGGGUGGUAAGCGACACUGGAAAGUCCUUGGGACCCAAUCAGCUGGGUGAGCUCUACUGUCACAAUGGGCAACACUGGAGUGGGUACUAUGGAAAUGCCAAGGCUACAAUGGAGAUGCAGGACUCGGAGGGUUGGUUUCACACCGGCGAUCUGGGCUACUUCGAUGAGGACAAUUAUCUUCACGUCGUGGAGCGCAAAAAGGAUAUGCUCAAAUUUCUGGGCAUGAUGUACUAUCCACACGAGAUCGAGGAAGUGAUCGCCCAAAUGCCCGAAGUGGCCGAAGUUUGCGUCUUUGGCAUUUGGAACGAGACCGAAGGCGAUGCUGCAGCUGCUUCAGUGGUCCCUAAGCCAGGAGGUCAACUCGAUGCCUCUCAAGUGCUGCACUUUGUGUCUCAACACAUGACCGUCAACUAUAAGCAGUUACAUGGAGGGGCUCAGAUUGUGCCACAUUUGGCCAAGAGCGCCAAUGGCAAGGUAAAUCGAAAAGCCGUAAAGGAAAACUAUCUAAAGGCAGCUAAGCAAUUAAACACACCUGAUUCAUAGGACUUUUUCCUUUAAUUAAUUACACUCGUUACCCCCAUAAACUUUGUUGUUAU